CCAGGGAGUGGUUCUCAUAGCUGCAGCAAAUCUCAAAACCGGGAGGCCUCUGUUGUGCUCUCUUAUUUCUCCUCAAGUCACCUUAUUUCUUCUGCUUCUUCUACUUUUGUUUUAAGCCUUAAGGAGGGCUUUACUUGUAAAUCAACUUUCCAAGUGUAAGCAGUCAGAAUGAGUGACAUCAUGAGAAAAUUAUGUGGCGCAGAUCUCAACCAGGACUUGAGGAAUCCAGAGGAAGAAUGCGGUGGGGCCUCCUGAGCCCAGGAAGUUGGCAGCGUGUGGGCUUCAGAGCCAGCACCUCUGAAUGAGGCAGUCCUGAAGCGAGGCUAUGCCAGUCUGCCGCUCCUCUGACUGAGAGAUCUGAGCGCGGCAUGAGAAAUACUUUGAAGCAGAAGGACUCCUUCAUUGUGCAGCCGCUCUGCUUCAGUGCAUGGAAUGCCUUCUACUGCCUGGUUGCAGAAUUUGGAGUUUGCUAAGCAGUGGUUAGUGAUUGGGCUCAUCUUGCAUCACCAGUUGAUGACAUUUUUCUUUGUUCCCUCCUACCCAGUUGAGCCAAGACUCUGAGGCUGAUAUGCAAUGUCACAACAUUAAUCAGAUACUGCAUUUAAGGUAGGAGGCCAGGUGGACUCUAUUUUUAACUCCUAGGUACCGCAUCGUGUGCGAGCAGCGCAGGUCCUGUCUCACAUUUGUGUUUUCAGUGCUGGGAUCAGUGGUUUGAUUUUCAGCAGACAGUGACUGUGGCUGUGGCCUUUGCAGUGGUCAGCUCUGAGCUUUGAACUCUCAGAGGAGCAAGGGAGGAGAAGAAAAAUCCAACACACCACCUCCUUGGUUGCAGCCUCAGAGAGCGUCCUCGGAGAAGAAACCUCUUCCUUCAGUCCUGCUUUGCCGUUGAUAAAUUCAGUCCUCGUGAUCACAGCACACUCAGGCUGCUGCGUGUGACGCCUGGUGUGUGUGACCAUCGCAUCUAAAACUCGUGAGCAGGAGGACGGAGAAACCAGUGGUCUCCAUCGCCUCACGUAAAGAUGGCCGAGUGUCUGGCUAUGCCAACACUGCCCCGAGUGACGCGCACAGAUCCUGAUGUGGAGGAGAUGGAAGACUCAGAACCAAGGAUUGCCAAGUGAUUUCUGCCGCGGCACAGAAACUAACUCCGUCAAGGCUGGUCCGUUCUAACUGAGAUGACAGUCAUGUCCCUCUCCAGGGACCUCAAGGACGACUUUCAUAGUGACACAGUGCUCUCCAUCUUAAAUGAGCAGCGCAUCCGGGGCAUUUUAUGUGAUGUCACCAUCAUUGUGGAAGAUACCAAGUUUAAAGCCCACAGCAAUGUCUUGGCUGCCUCAAGUCUUUACUUCAAAAAUAUAUUUUGGAGCCAUACGAUCUGUAUUUCCAGUCACGUCCUGGAGCUGGAUGAUCUGAAAGCCGAAGUGUUUACAGAAAUUCUUAAUUAUAUCUACAGCUCCACCGUUGUGGUCAGGAGACAGGAAACGGUCACCGAUCUUGCAGCUGCAGGAAAAAAGCUGGGAAUAUCAUUCUUGGAAGACCUUAAUGACCGCAACUUCUCAAAUUCCCCAGGUCCCUACGUAGUCUGCAUUACUGAAAAGGGUGUGGUCAAAGAAGAAAAAAAUGAAAAAAGGCACGAAGAACCAGCCAUUACUAAUGGGCCAAGGAUCACAAAUGCAUUUUCCAUCAUUGAAACGGAAAAUAGUAAUAACAUGUUUUCUCCACUGGACUUGAGGGCAAGCUUCAAAAAAGUGUCUGAUUCCAUGAGAACAGCCAGCCUCUGCCAGGAGAGGACCAACGUCUGCCAUGAGGCAGAGCCUGUCCGCACGCUUGCCGAACACUCGUACGCCGUUUCUUCCAUCACUGAGGCUUACAGGAGUCAGCCUGUAUGGGAACAUGACAGCAGUGUAUCUGGUAAAACAGGAAAAGAAAAUGGCGAGGCUCUUGCCACAAAAGCAAAGUCAUGCCGAAAGCCAAAGACCCAAACCCAGGAUUCUGACUCAACCACAGAAAAUACAUCACUGCUUCCAGUAACCAACUCAGAGGUUAAUCAAGAAAGAAGCCCACAGCCAGCUCCAAUUCUGUCACACUCAAAAUCUCCCAGCAAUGAGGGAAACAUCCAUUUUCCCAGAGAAGAGGAAAGCCGAUCCUCCGAUAUCCCUGGUCCAGCAGUGGCAGAGGUCCCGCCCCUUGUUUAUAAUUGCAGCUGUUGCUCCAAAUCCUUUGACAGCAGCACACUGCUCAGCGCCCACAUGCAGCUCCACAGGCCGACCCAGGAGCCUUUGGUGUGCAAGUACUGCAACAAGCAGUUCACCACCCUCAACAGACUGGACCGGCACGAACAGAUUUGCAUGAGGUCUAGCCACGUGCCCAUCCCAGGGGGAAGCCAACCAUUUUUAGAAAACUACCCCACUAUUGGACAAAACGGAAGUUCAUUCACAAGUCCAGAAUCCUUACUACCAGAAAAUAGGAUUGGUGAGCUUGCCAGCGCUGGGAGUGCCUUGCCAGAUGAGGAGCACAUGGUGAAACUUGUGAACGGGCAGAUGCUCUACAGUUGCAUCGUGUGCAAGCGUAGUUAUGUGACUUUGUCCAGCCUCCGAAGGCAUGCGAACGUUCACUCGUGGAGAAGAACAUAUCCUUGCCACUACUGCAACAAGGUCUUUGCACUGGCCGAGUACAGGACACGACAUGAGAUCUGGCAUACUGGAGAAAGACGGUACCAAUGCAUAUUUUGUCUCGAAACGUUUAUGACCUACUACAUACUGAAAAACCAUCAGAAGUCUUUUCAUGCCAUAGAUCACAGACUCUCCAUCAAUAAAAAAACUGCCAAUGGAGGCUUGAAGCCUGCUGUCUAUCCCUAUAAACUUUACAGGCUCCUGCCUAUGAGAUGCAAGAGGGCACCGUAUAAGAGCUUCCGGAAAUCUUCCUACGAACGUUCUCGAGAAAACAGUCAAAGGAGCGACUCUGCACAGGAUACAUUUGUCAUUCCAAAUUCACAAAGCUCUGAAAUGCCCACACUGAACUUCCAAGAUGGCAGGAACACCUUGACCGGCAGCCCUGCCAUCCCAGAGGAAACGCCUUCACAUCAGGGUGCACCCACUUCUGCCAAAGUAAAUGCAGAAGGCAUCAAAUGGAAGAAGGAGGCCCUGAAAACCGAUCCUGCCGAUAACUUGGAUUCAACCGAGGGGUCAGUUUCUUCCACUGGAAACACUGUCAGUGUCAAGCUCCAGGCGGAGUCCACACAAGGUUCACCGGUGGGUAAAGGCAGUGACCACGCGGCCUCUGUGAUCAGCUACGGUGGCCCGGUGCCCUCUGUCAUCGUGCACAGCAGCCAGUUCUCAUCCGUGAUCAAACACAGCAACACCGUCGCUGCCCUGACCAGCAGCAAUGACAAAGUCCCUUCACAACCAGUUGUCGGUCCUUCCCUGAAAGAGGAUAGCAAACUGGGAGCAGAUAAAGCCAGUAAACUUGCAAGCAGACCCAAAAGCAUUAAGGAGAAAAAGAAAGCUUUUUCAUGUAACAAGGGAGAAAUAACAGAGGAGGCCAAGCACGUCAAUGAUCAUGGAGGGUCUUUGGGCAAAACCACAAAUGUCGUGGAAGAAACCAGUAAAAUUGAGACUUACAUUGCAAAGCCUGCUCUGCCUGGCACCUCCACAAACAGCAACGUUGCACCCCUUUGCCAAAUAACAGUGAAAAUUGGGAAUGAAGCCAUCGUGAAAAGGCGUAUCCUUGGGUCGAAGCUGUUUUGCAAAAGAGGGAGAAAGCCCAAAUAUCAAACGCAGGAGGAGACGUUGCCUCAGGAGAGUGACCCAGAAACCCAUGGAGACAGCCCCCUUGGGCUUUGCCAGGCUGACUGCGUAGAGAUGAGUGAAGCCUUUGAUGACGUAAGUGACCAGGAUUCCACUGACAAGCCGUGGCGCCCAUACUACAACUACAAGCCCAAGAAGAAAUCCAAACAGUUGAGGAAAAUGAGAAAGGUCAAGUGGAGGAAGGAGCGAGGGAGCAGAAGCCCCAGCGGUAGGCGCAGGUACCCAGCUGAACUGGAUCGUGCAGAGGUGAAGCCACCAGAUAAGGCUUUUGAAGACGAAGAAAAUAAAGAGAUGCCCAAGCUCCAGUGUGAGCUCUGCGAUGCCGACAAAGCAGCAGGGGUGGAAGCCGAAGGCAAGCCCCACCAACACCUCACGCCGAAGCCUUACGUCUGCGAGCUUUGUGCAAAGCCGUUCCAGAGCCCCUCCACGCUCAAAAUGCACAUGCGCUGCCACACUGGAGAGAAGCCAUACCAAUGCAAGACCUGUGGGCGGUGCUUCUCAGUGCAAGGGAACUUGCAGAAACACGAGCGCAUCCACCUAGGGGUGAAGGAGUUCAUCUGUCAGUAUUGUAACAAGGCGUUCACACUGAACGAAACUCUCAAAAUCCACGAGAGAAUCCACACCGGGGAAAAGCGCUACCACUGUCAGUUCUGCUUCCAGGGAUUUUUAUAUCUUUCCACGAAGCGGAAUCAUGAGCGGCGGCAUGUUCGCGAGCACGAUGGGAAAGGCUUUGCUUGCUUCCAGUGCCCCAAAAUAUGCAAGACGGCUGCCGCCCUCAGAAUGCACCAAAAGAAACAUUUAUUCAAGACCUUAACUAAGCAGGAGAAUAUAGGUGAUAUGUGCCAUGAAAACUCGGAUCUCUUGGAGAGUCAGCUUUGCACUGAUUUGGAAGACAGCGACCAAAAGGAAGACAUACCAACCUUUGCUGAAAACGUUAGUGACAACAGCUAGAAAAGUCUUCAGAAAUCUGUUUGUGAGAUUUUUUUUUCUCUUAGGUUUUUUUUUUUUUUUAAGUUUAGUUUGUCCACUUACUAGUCACAAAGGCGUGGGGAAGCUAAUUCUCAUUUGUGUAAACUCUUC